GCGUAACCCCUCGAGCUGGGGCUGGUGAGAGAGGAGCUCUCUGUGGCCCACAUAGAACUCACCAGUGCGUUCACCACGCAGCGAAGGGCGGGCCGGAUGGCGGCGCCGAGGAUUUACAAAAAAGGUGCAGUGCAACAAAAGGCCUCUCAAGUGUGAAAAAAGAAUGCUUUCUGGUCAUUGUCAUCGUCAUCAUCUCUGCCACAAGGCAGCCUUACAUCAGCCCGCAACAGCCGCUGGACGGCCGAGAUGGUCCAGGCAAGAGACCCCCCGAAAGAGUACAGACGAGACGUGUCACGAGCCACGGCGCAGGGGCAGCGCUCGAGCCGUCCCCGCGCAGGAGUGCAGCUCCGACUUGAGGCCGCCGCCUCCUCGGACUAUACGUCUAUGCGGCAGCGUCUGAAGAAAGCCGACUGCAGCCUUCGGGGUUUCGGGAUGGCGAGUCUCACGUGUUACGAUGCUGCGAUGGACCCGGGGCAAGGCUCGAGUGGAGGACGCUGGCGCCGCGUAUCCGUGCCGAGCGCCUGCCACGCCGCCGCCACGCUCCAGACGGGGCUGCGAGCCACCCGCGGAGCGCCCCGUGGAGCCCGGCCCUGCCGCUGCCCAGGAGUGCCCACGCGACCUGCCCACGCGGCUGUUCAGCGGGUGCGCGGGAUCAGCUCGCGCCGAAGGCACCGGCGCCUCGCCGUCUUCGCAGGAGGGCUCGCCGUCUUCGGAGGGCGGAGGAGGAGGAGGAGGAGGAGGGCGGAGGAGGAGGAGGAGGAGGAGGAGGAGGAGGCCUCUGUCUGAGGCGGAGGUGCGCAGAGGGCGCGCCUGCCUGCCGCACCCUCUGUGCCGUGGCGCGGGCGUCCAAAGCCAAGGCAGGCGUGGCGAGCCACCGCCAUGUCGGCGGGCCGCGCGCUGAGCGCAGGCCGCAAAAUCCUUUUAAAAUGUUGCGCACUGCGGUGCCCUGGGUGCUCCCGUGGGCGGGCAGAAGCGGGGGCAGAGAGCGACCUGCCCGCGACGCCCGCGAGGCGGGACAGUUGCUGCGCCAGGGCGGUGCAUUCCCUGGCCAUUGGCGUAACCGUGCCGCCGGGGGCAAUGAUAAUGGCGAAAGGGUGACUAGGCUAGCAGUGGCGCACACACACACACACACACACAUACACACACACACACACACACGCUCCGCGGACCUACGCCGCCGACCGCAUGGAACACCGUCGUUAGGCUCCGGCUGGUGCAGCGCCACAUGAGCGGAAUACGCGAGCAGAAUACACGAGGAGCAAACGCCGCGGCGGCGCCUGUAAAAACGAGCGCCACACGCAUGGCCCUUGUUCCAAGCAUGCGCUCAAUUUCGCCGUCCU